AUGUCGCCUCGCCUCGUUGUUGUUGCCGCCGCUAUUCUCCUCUGUUGUUGCCCCUUCCUCGGCCAAGGCUUGGCCCAGCAGCAGCGGGUCCCUCGGGCGGGGCUGACCACCUGCCAGCUCGCCCAGUUGCAGGGGUACCUCUGCGCCGAGCACUGGACCACCACCGCCGACGGGUUCGGCAUCAACAUCCAACGCAUCGCCAAUGCUUCGGGCUUCAGCAAGGACGGCAGGCUCAUUCCUGUCGUGCUUCAGCACGGAUUCUUGGACACAUCGGCGACCUGGGUGCUUAACCAGGCGCAUCAGAGCCUGGCGUUCAUCCUGGCCGAUAGCGGAUACGAUGUGUGGCUGCCCAACUCACGCGGCAACGGGUAUUCGAUGAACAGCACACGUUUCAACCCCGGCCAAGAUGCAUUCUGGGCUUGGAACUUUGACCAGAUGGCUCUGUAUGACGUCCCGGCGACCGUGAGCUACGUCCAAUACAUCACAGGCAGGCCCAAGGGAGCAACAAUCUCGAUCGGUGCGUUUUCCAAGCUGCCGUCGCUGGCAUCGGGUAUCUCGGUCUUCGUGGCGUUGGCUCCGGUGACAUACACUGCACACCAGCGGAUCGCCUGCCCCACAUAUGUGUUCUACGGCACGCAGGACUAUCUUGCCGAUCCACAGGACGUUGCGACCCUCACAGCGGCGCUGAGGGCAUCCGGCAACUACCUGGGGUCGACAUCGCUUGAAGGCUAUGCGCACAUGGGUUCGUAA